AUGGACCGCGCUUCUUCGUCCGAGGCUAUAAGAGAUUCGAUUUCUCAACUUUACAAUACGGGAGUCACCUUUGCCAUUGAGGUAGGGCUUAAAAAGCUUGGAAAUGUAAUCUAAUAAACGUUUAGUUGUUGGGAAGUGUGUCAGUGGAGAGUUCGUUUUAUUCGGAAGAAACUUCGGAGCAAAAAAAGAUUGGGGAAAAGUUGAUUAAAGAAGUGGUGGAUAAAGUACACAAAGGGAAUGGCGAAAGGGCUGCGGUACGUUCAUCUUCCCAAAUUUAAAAACUGCCGUUGUUUCCGCAAAACGCGAGAAAGGAGUCUCGCAUGGGAUGUUCUAUUUACAGUGGGACUUGAUCCAUUGGCAAAAAAUUUACCAUUUUGGAUCCAGGAAGUAUCAAAAAUGCAGCAAAAUACCUCCCUCUCCAAGUGAAAAAAAUCCGAUUUCAAAGGCGCGCCUUUUUGUGAGGGAAAAGACCCGCAUUUCAAAACCAAGUUUUUUUUAUUGUAGUGGGAGGUUUUUUGCCACAUUUUUGAUACUUCCCGGAUGCAAAAUUAUACGUUUUUUGCCAAUGGAUCAGGGCCCUCACUGUAAGUUCUUCGCGGACUAGGGGCUACAGAACUUUCAAUAAAAUAUAUUUUUAGAACAUAGACGACGUUCAUGAAGGACUGACCAUAAUCCAAUCAGAAAUCGACCUAAACGUGACCCACAAAUCGGUGCUCAUCAUCGACUCCAACAACCCAAAGAUUCUUCGUUUCAAGAUUGAAGAUAUCUCAUUGAUCGUUCCAGGCGAAGAUGUAAGUCAUUAAAAACCACAUUUUUUACUUAUUAAAGACUAGAAUCUCAAAACUCUGGUCCAUUCACACUCAAAUAUUUUUGAAUUUAGGAACUGAACGAAUACUUUUGCCUCUUUGCGAAAUGUGUGGACGAUGACAUCCAGCAACGGAAAUGCUUCGUAUUUCAUGCGGGAAAAGAGAAGCCGGAGGUCUGCCAAGUCCUGAAGCUCGCCUUCUCCAUCGCCGAAGGAAUCAGCCGUUCGAGUUCGGCGAAAUCAGAGUCAUCGGGAUAUUCAACGGCCAGUUCGAGGAACUCAAGGAGAAAUGAUGAGGACCAGAGAAGCGAUGACAACGAGACGGGAAGAGUUAGAUCGGUCUCGGAUUUGAUCCAUUUUUACCAGACAAGAGCGCUAGAUUAG